UUUUCCUGUGGCACCUGGCUGCCGAGCCGAGCCGAGUGGCUGCUGGCCGUUCGAUCGAUCCAGCCCGAGGAGAAGGAGCGCAUCGGCCAGUUCGUCUUCGCUCGCGACGCCAAGGCAGCCUUGGCUGGUCGUCUGAUGAUAAGGAAAUUAGUUGCAGAGAAAUUGAAUAUACCUUGGAAUAAUAUUCGUUUGCAAAGAACUGCAAAAGGAAAACCAGUUCUUGCAAAAGACUCGUUGAAUCCUUACCCCAAUUUCAACUUUAACAUCUCUCAUCAAGGAGACUAUGCUGUACUUGCUGCGGAACCUGAGCUGCAAGUUGGAAUUGAUAUAAUGAAGACUAGUUUUCCAGGUCGUGGUUCAAUUCCGGAAUUUUUUCAUAUUAUGAAAAGAAAGUUUACCAACAGAGAAUGGGAAACAAUCAGAAGCUUUAAGGAUGAAUGGACUCAGCUGGAUAUGUUCUAUAGGAAUUGGGCACUGAAAGAAAGCUUCAUUAAAGCUGUAGGUGUUGGAUUAGGAUUUGAAUUGCAACGGCUUGAAUUUGACAUCUCACCAUUAAACCUGGAUAUAGGCCAAGUUUAUAAAGAAACACGUUUGUUUUUGGAUGGAGAAGAAGAAAAGGAAUGGGCAUUUGAGGAAAGCAAAAUAGACGAGCAUCAUUUUGUUGCAGUAGCUCUUAAGAAACCCAAUGGAUCUAGACAUCAGGAUGUUACAUCUCAAGAUGAUUCUAAACCAACCCAGAGGCAGUUUACCGUUCUCAGCUUUAAUGAUUUAAUAUCAUCUGCUGUCCCUAUGACUGCUGAAGAUCCUUCCUUUUGGGACUGUUUUUGCUUCACAGAAGAAAUUCCAAUACGAAAUGGUACAAAGUCAUGAUGUGAUUUUCUUGGUAACAAAGGGAAAUGAAAACUAUUCUUCUGUAGUCACUAAAAAAAAAAAAUCAAUGCCUGAUAGUAUAAGUUUUGUUUCACAAAACAGUUUAAAAAAGAAAAAAACUUUUCCCAUUAAAAGGGCAGACUCCCAGGUCAAGAUAGCUCACUAGAAUUCACGUUGACCCCUUCUCCCUCCCCAAAGUCACAUAGCAUCGACUGAAAACAUAGAGAUCGGUGGCAGAUUCUUAAAGUGAUGCAUGUUCGUUGUAGGGAAAAAAUAGAAAAUGCAGAUAUGCAAGAAGGAAAUAAUUGAAUUCCUUUCUUUCAGAGAUAACAGUUUCAGAGGUAAUUAUUCCUAAAACCUGGAGUAUCUUUCCAGACCUUUUUCUU